AUGGGUUCAGGGAUGAAAGACCUUCUUCAGCGUCAGAAAGACCUUCAGCAUCAGAAAGACCUUCAGCGUCAGAAAGUCCUUCUUCGGCGUCAGAAAGACCUUCAGCGUCAGAAAGACCUUCUUCAGCGUCAGAAAGACCUUCAGCGUCAGAAAGACCUUCGGCGUCAGAAAGACCUUCAGCGUCAGAAAGACCUCCUUCAGCAAAGACCUUCUUCACCGUCAGAAAGUCCUUCUUCACAGUCAGAAAGACCUUCUUCACCGUCAGAAAGACCUUCACCGUCAGAAAGACCUUCUUCACCGUCAGAAAGUCCUUCACCGUCAGAAAGUCCUUCACCGUCAGAAAGACCUUCUUCACCGUCAGAAAGUCCUUCUUCACAGUCAGAAAGACCUUCACCGUCAGAAAGACCUUCACCGUCAGAAAGACCUUCACCGUCAGAAAGACCUCCUUCACCGUCAGAAAGACCUUCUUCACCGUCAGAAAGACCUUCUUCACCGUCAGAAAGACCUUCACCGUCAGAAAGACCUUCACCGUCAGAAAGACCUUCACCGUCAGAAAGACCUUCUUCACCGUCAGAAAGACCUUCACCGUCAGAAAGACCUCCUUCACCGUCAGAAAGACCUUCUUCACCGUCAGAAAGACCUUCUUCACCGUCAGAAAGACCUUCACCGUCAGAAAGACCUUCACCGUCAGAAAGACCUUCACCGUCAGAAAGACCUUCACCGUCAGAAAGACCUUCUUCGCCGUCAGAAAGACCUUCGCCGUCAGAAAGACCUUCGCCGUCAGAAAGACCUUCUUCACCGUCAGAAAGACCCUCUUCGCCGUCAGAAAGACCUUCACCGUCAGAAAGACCUUCUUUACCGUCAGAAAGACCUUCACCGUCAGAAAGACCUUCGCCGUCAGAAAGACCUUCACCGUCAGAAAGACCUUCACCGUCAGAAAGACCUUCACCGUCAGAAAGACCUUCUUCACCGUCAGAAAGACCCUCUUCGCCGUCAGAAAGACCUUCGCCGUCAGAAAGACCUUCUUCACCGUCAGAAAGACCCUCUUCGCCGUCAGAAAGACCUUCACCGUCAGAAAGACCUUCACCGUCAGAAAGACCCUCUUCGCCGUCAGAAAGACCUUCACCGUCAGAAAGACCUUCUUCACCGUCAGAAAGACCUUCACCGUCAGAAAGACCUUCACCGUCAGAAGACCUUCUUCGCCGUCAGAAAGACCUUUACCGUCAGAAAGACCUUCACCGUCAGAAAGACCUUCUUCACCGUCAGAAAGACCUUCACCGUCAGAAAGACCUUCACUGUCAGAAAGACCUUCUUCACCGUGAGAAAGACCUUCUUCGCCGUCAGAAAGACCUUCGACGUCAGAAAGACCUUCACCGUCAGAAAGACCUUCGCCGUCAGAAAGACCUUCACCGUCAGAAAGACCUUCACCGUGAGAAAGACCUUCUUCACCGUGAGAAAGACCUUCUUCGCCGUCAGAAAGACCUUCACCGUGAGAAAGACCUUCACCGUCAGAAAGACCUUCACCGUCAGAAAGACCUUCACCGUCAGAACGACCCUCUUCAGAAUCAGAGUUGUCGGAAACUAAAAUACCUUAGACGAAGAUGGCGUUGA